AUGGAGGGAAACGCCAACCCGCUCGUUGUCCCCGUUGUAUGCGUCUCCGCAACAGUGUGUUACGUUCUUAAUCCGCCCAAGUUAGGGAAGCCUGACCGCUCAUGGAGCGCACUUUUUCCGCCAGCGGCCGCCACAAUCACCCCACCUUUGGCUCCCCCGCUCUCCGCCCUUCCGCCUCCCCCCUCUUCACCCACGCUUCCCGCGCCUCCGCGCGAUCCCCGCCGCAGUCCCCCUCUUAUUCCCCGCCGUAUUCCCCCCCUUACUCUCCAAACUCCCCCUCUUACGGCCCGUUCCCGCAAGCCUCCCCGCGCCUUAGGCCGCCCUAACGCCUGGUCCCGCGGCGGCGGGAAGGGCGGGGAGGAGGAGUACGGCGCGUAUGGAGCGGACACGGCGCUCUAUAACGCGUUUUCCGCGGCUGUUGAUAACGGGGAUGACCCGCCCACGCUGGCGUCUUUCACGCCGCCCGACCUUCCCGAAUGGGAUCCCAACGACGUGCAAGUGGAGGUCCCAGUGGUCUUCUAUCAUGGACGGCCAGGAGCCUCGCCCUGCCAUAAGUCGCACUAUGUCUAUAAAAUAGUCUCCGAGUUUUUCUUCCACAUGGGGGUGGCCUUCGAGGAGCAUGCGGAGUAUGAGGAGGUGUAUGAGUGGUUCAUUCGUAACCUCGGGACUCCGGUUGAUGUGCAUGUCCGGUGGUUCAUUCUCAAGAAGUUCAUGGAGCGGCACAACUACGGCCGAAUAUUCCACCUCGCCACAGAAGUCAUGCUCUUCGCCAAUGCCUCCCAGGUGGCGGCAUGGCUGUUCCCUAACUCUGACCUUGCGCUCCCCGCACGUUGGCCCAGCAUCAGACCUCCGUUGAGGCCCACUCAGUACUCCUCUGCAGGAGUGGGCACGCACAUAGCCCUCAUGUCAUACGCAGCGCUGGUCGACUGGUGCCUCUUCCUGCACGCUGUCUUCGACUCGGCCAUGUUCGGAGGCGACAAGGAGACUCAAGAUCUGGUGCUGCUGCCCUCUUAUGUUGAUGUUACCAUCAUGGGGUGGUACACGUUUGCAGGCUGCUGGCUGCAGUGGGUGGAGCCCCCAUGUGUGUCGGGCGUGAAGCCUGAAACCGCCAAGGCCCUGCGCAAGCGUGGCAUUCAACCGCGCUUCCGCGUGCAGUCCCUCUGCCAGCCGCGGCGCUGCCUCAACUCCUCCUGGUCCGACCCCGGCCUCUGCGUCUUCGACAACAACUUCUCGCUCACCCCCGGCCGGCCGUUCUUCAAGUUUAAGACGGGGGACAAGUGUCCGAGCACGAUGCAUUAUGGGUUUUACCGCGGGUGGGAGGAGGAGGCGCAGACGGAGCCGGUUCAAUUCCUGGCGGUGCAUUUCAUGCAUCGGAAGAAAGAGUUUCUGAGUACCAAGUUCCCGCCUGAACCGGAGAAGUCGUGGGGUAGUGCGAGCGAGUAG